AUGACUUCUGGAUCAGAAGAUGACUUCUCCUGUCCUGUCUGUCGGGACAUCUUUAAAGAUCCUGUUAUCCUGACAUGCAGCCACAGCUUCUGUAAAGUCUGUCUGCAGAGAUGGUGGAGAGAGAAACAAGAACAGGAGUGUCCAGUUUGUAAGGCUGUAUCUCAAAGUAACAACCCGCCUUGUAACCUGGUAUUAAAGAAUCUUUGUGAGGCCUUCUUACUGGAGAGAGAUAAGAAAACUUCAGCGCAGUCUGAGCCUCUCUGCAGUCUGCACUCUGAGAAACUCAAACUCUUCUGUCUGGAUCAUCAGCAGCCAGUGUGUCUCGUCUGUCUGCAUUCAGAAACACACAAAAACCACAAAUUCAGACCCAUCAAUGAAGCUGGAAAGGAUCACAAAGAAAAGCUCCAGAAAUCCCUGAAGCCUUUACAGGAGAAACUGAAGCUAUUUAAAGAAAUUAAAGGAAAAUAUGAUCAAACAGCAAAACACAUUAAGGUUCAGGCCAAAGACACAAAGAGGCAGAUUAAGGAGCAGUUUAAGAAACUUCACCAGUUUCUACAAGAGGAAAAGGAGGCCAGGAUCUCUGCUCUGAGGAGAGAAAAGGAGCAGAAGAGUCAGAUGAUGAAGGAGAAGAUUGAGGCUCUGAGCAGAGAGAUAGCAGCUCUUUCAGACACAAUCAGAGUCACAGAGGAGGAGCUGAGAGCUGAGGACAUCUCAUUCCUGCAGAACUACAAGGCUGCAGUGGAAAGAGUCCAGCAGCGCCCCCUGCUGGAUGAUCCAGAGCUGGUCUCAGGAGCUCUGAUAGACGUUGCCAAACACCUGGGCAACCUGACCUACAACAUCUGGGACAAGAUGAAGAAGAUCGUCUCCUACACUCCAGUGAUUCUGGAUCCAAACACUGCUAAUCCAGAACUCAUCCUGUCUGAAGAUCUGACCAGUGUGAGACGUGGAGAGAGACAGAAGCUUCCUGACAAUCCAGAGAGGGUUCAGUUGUACCCCUCUGUCAUGGGCUCCGAGGGUUUUAACUCAGGGACUCAUACCUGGGAUCUUGAGGUUGGAGACAAUACAGUUUGGUUCAUCGGUGUGGCAACAGAGUCUGUCCAAAGAAAACAAAAAUUUUUUAAAAGUGGUGUAUAA